AUAUUCACUGUUUUAACUAUCUUCAGCUCUUUUAGCCCACAGCUUUGACUGUAAGGCUACAGGUAGGCUCGUGUUCCUCCUACAGAGUGGCGCCUCCCUCAGAGAGGAUCUGUGCGGUCGGAGCUCCAGCGGCUCUGCGGAGGAUGAGGAUGCUCUUCACGUCCUCCUCCUCUUCCUCACCGACACACACCAUCUGAAGCCCCGGAGCCGCUCCUGUCUGCAGAUCCGGACCCGGCUCACCCGCAGAACCUGAUCCGGCAUCCCGGGAGAGAGACGCCGGAUUAGUAUGUGAUCGGGGCGCCAGGCGGGGGUGGUCGUGGAGGGGGUCUGGACGUGGAGCCAGCCAGCGCUCCUGCGUCUGACCACGAGUUCGUGUUUGUUUACGAAAUAAAAGCGCUAAAAAAUUAAAAAGAAGAAUAAAAAUGUCGCAUCUGUUCUGGUUGUGGCUCCCGAAGACUGAGGCUGGAGGCGGGCUGAAGCUCCGGAGCGCCUGAACGCAGCACCGGCAGCGCGUACAGCUCCGGAUCCGUUUUUAUUCCUAAUCACCGUGUCGUCGUUCACCUGCGCGCUCACCUGAGAGGACACAUGUCUCAGAUGCACCAUGCGGCUCUGGACCAGCAGCAGCAACAGCAGCAGCCGGGUCAGUACAACCAGAUCUGCACCCGAACCAGCAGCUGCGGGUCACCGGCCCCCGCAGAGGGCAGCGAGCCGUCCUCCUGCCCGGGCCACAGGAGCCGGACCCCCCGCAGGAAGUGGCAGGUGUUCCCGGGGAGGAACCGCUUCUAUUGCAACGGGAGGAUCAUGAUGGCGAGGCAGACCGGGGUCUUCUACCUGACCCUGGUGCUUAUCCUGCUCACCAGCGGCCUCUUCUUCACCUUCGAUGGAUUUACUGCCAACAAACGCAGCGACACAGAAACCAGCUGUCCCUUCCUAGCAUCCAACUUGACCCCGGCCAUUCCAGCAGUGGGUGGCAUCCUCUUUGUGUUUGUAAUGGGGAUGCUGUUCAGGGCAAGUUUCAGCGACCCCGGCGUUCUACCCCGAGCCACACCAGACGAGGCCGCCGACCUGGAGAGGCAGAUUGACUCGGCGGGCUGCUCCAGACCUCCACCUCGUACCAGAGAGGUCCUCAUCAACGGACAGACGGUGAAACUGAAGUACUGCUUCACCUGCAAAAUCUUCAGGCCGCCUCGAGCGUCACACUGCAGCCUGUGUGACAACUGUGUGGAGCGUUUCGACCAUCACUGUCCCUGGGUGGGGAACUGCGUCGGACGGAGGAACUAUCGUUUCUUCUACCUGUUCAUUCUCUCCCUCUCCUUCCUCACCAUCUUCAUCUUCGCCUUUGUCAUCACACAUGUCAUCCUCAGAUCAAACCGGACAGGUUUCCUGAGCGCGCUCAAAGACAGCCCCGCCAGCGUCCUGGAGGUGGUGGUGUGUUUCUUCUCUGUCUGGUCCAUUGUCGGCCUGUCAGGCUUCCACACCUACCUGAUCAGCUCCAACCAGACCACCAAUGAGGACAUUAAAGGGUCCUGGUCCACCAAGCGAGGGAAGGAUAACUACAACCCCUACAGCUAUGGAAACAUCCUGACCAACUGCUGUGCGGCCCUGUGUGGACCUCUGCCGCCCAGUUUGAUUGACAGGAGAGGUCUGAUUCAGUGUGACACACCGCACACCGUCUCCCAGUCUAACGGGACCAGCAGCAGCUACGCCUCCACUCAGCUCCGCAGUCACAUGUGUGAUCAGGAUCAGUGUAUCCAGAGCACCAAGUUUGUCCUCCAGGCUGCAGCCACCCCCCUGCUGCACAGUGACCCCGUGGUUCUGGCCCCUCUGCCGGGGAAGACCGCCACACUGGGGGGCCCCUGCGCCUACCUGGCCCCCACCCAGCCAUCCCUGCCGUCUUGUGGUGGAGACGUCCUGACCCUGAGGGACGCCGCCGUCGACUCCCACUGCCACCACCACCUCCACCACCAUCACCACCAUCACCACCACCACUUUGUCAGCCCGGAGGAGACGCCCUGCACCACGCCGCAGGGCGCCCUGGCCUGCCCCGCCCACCUGCACCUCCACCCCCAACCUCACCCACCUGUCCCUUCCCCCGCCGCCCUGUACGACCCCGCCAGUCAGGACGCUCUGCAUGAGGACUCGGUCAGAGGGCUGGUGAAGCUCAGCUCCGUCUGAACAAAACCGUUUCUUUCAUUCGAUUUCAGUUUGACUCAUCUGACUUCAAUGUGACCUUUGAUUUGAAUAGUUUUCCAUCAUCUGAUUUUAUAUACACCCUCAAUUUAGAAGAAAAAAAGAACUGGGAUUUUAAAAAGCAAAGUCAUUAUACUGUAGAAAAAUAAAUGACUCAGUAGCACAAACUGUUGUGCUGAUUACAAAAACAGAACAAAUGGAAACAGCAUCAGUGUACGUACUCUGAAGCUUCCAGUGAACAGACAAAAACAUCAAAUAGGCUUUUUUCUUUUAUCCAUUUUUAGAAAAUCUGAGUAACAUCUGAGUUUUGUUUAAAUGGAAAGUUAAUGUGUCAAUUGGCUAAUUCUUUUUAACUACAAAUCACACAUGUUAAGCAGUAACAGUACGUCUCUCUGAAAUGUAAAUGAAGAAAAUCUCCAAAUUACUUUGACAAGCCAAGAAUUGUGUUUAAAAACAGAAUGAUUUCUUUCUUCAUGACAAAGUUUUGGAUUUUGUUUUUUAAACCCCAUGGAGUUCAGCUCGGUUCAUUUUUGUCAGCUUUUAAACAAACAAAAAAAUUAUGAUUUUUUUUUUAACAACUGUAAAACCGUGAUACAAAAAAAUUACACGGGAGCCUCAAAAAAAAUCCCAUAUCCGUAGUCUACUAAAAAACACAGGAAAAAAUACAAAAAAUUUUGCAAAUUAUUGCCACAGACUGGAUAUAUAAAUGGCUACCAUAUAGCACAAAAGUGAAGCCACAGUUUGACAGAAACGGGCGAUGCUACCGUCAGCCGAUGAGUGGAGGGUGGGAUGAAGAUUCAACACCUGAUCGUCUUCUGGACAACAUGUUAGUAACUUCUAGCUGUCUGGCUAGCUACAUAUCGUCUAGUUUUCCCCAUCGACUGGUUGUGGUCGUAGCUUGGUGUUGGUGGUGCAGCCCGAUCUCACGAGGAUUCGUGAAACUGUCACGUAAAUUUUUGUUUCGGUUUCGUGCGCACCAACACGAUUUCGUCAUGUUUUUCGUGCCGCUCACAACGAAAUGCACACCAAUGUAUUUUAAACGGCGGACUUUUCGUGCCACUCAGAACGUAUUUCAAACGAAUGGGUAUAUUAUAUUUUUAAUGUGAAACCGUUGCGAAUCCAACGCUAUAUUUUGCAUUACAUCAUCCCUAACCCUAACCAUAACCCGGUGGUACACUUACCAAUUUGCAUAGGAAUUUAAAGAAUGUCCAAAGGGUGCAAACGCGAUUCUAAGAAUGUCCGACGGCUGCAAACGCGAUUACACAAACAGUAUACGCCGAUGGACAGCUUAGAUUGUCAUGAAUCUGCCGGUAUAAACCACUUUCAGAUGCGAUUACCACAGCGGGUUUCGUUGUGAGCAACACGAAAAACAUUUCGUUGUGAGCGGCACGAAAAACAUAACGAAAUUGUGUUGGUGCGCACAAAACCGAAACAAAAAUUUACGUGACAGUUUCACAAAUCCUCGUGAGACCGGGUUGGGUGGUGAGGCCGGAGACAGGAUUUCAUACUAUAGCUGCAGAUUAUUGGAAAAAACUACCACUGCAAUGUUUUGCUUUUAGUAAAUAUAGAAACUUACCAACUGCAAGAUGCAGUCUGGUCCACUUGUUCAGUGCUGCAACAUUGUCUUUAUACAGGCUUAAUGUCUCUCAAUCAUCCAAUGCUUCACUCAUUACUGUUGUGGUUUUGUCACAUGUAUGAUCAUCCAGGGAAAAAAGAGACUUAUGUGUCACUCUUAUGUCCAGCUGGACCAGACGCCUGUUGUAGCUGCUUUAUAUCCACUUGUGACAGCUCUGUUUCAACUUGUGCCUUGAAUUCUUUUAAACAACUCUGGGAUGGAAACUUGAGAAAGACGGGUGUGUGGCGAUCCUACUUCAUGUCAAGCGACCGGAUCACGUUUUAACUCCUUUUUUGGUAAACUUUAAUUGGUAUCAUGUCUUGCAAGAUGAAAAGUUACCUCACCAUUGAUUUCUGCUGUUUUGAACUGUUCUCAUUUGGUGGAACACGGGCAAAGGCAUUCAGAUUAGUUUUGUGCUUUAAAAAAUAUUGCGGUCUGGCUUUACAUCCAUCAUACAGAGCUUUGUGUUGCAGGUUUAGAUGAUCGAACAUAUUAGGCAGCAAUUGCAAGACAGAGUACAUAGUUCUGGUUAACAUCGUCUUUUCUGUGUUGCAUCCAUUCUUGCAACCAAAUCCUCCUUUUCAGUGUUUCUCUCCUGUUGCUGUGCACAUGUGGAGCCAGCAUGUCAACAAACUCUGUUUCAUGUAGAUGAAGUAAAAAAAAAAACCCUCUUAAAUCAGAGUAAAUGUUCUAUCAGACAGACUUCUCUUGUAUGUUUGUCAAAUUUUGCUUUUGUAUCCAGCAUAUCGCUGUCAACGCUGAAGUGAUGUAUCAUGGAGCUCUACUGGAUGCGUACCAAAACAAAAUGGCCACUAGUUUCUCACAUUUUGGCUUCCCCUUUAUGUUGUCCAUCUAUACAUACAGUCUGUGGUUUAUACGCUCAAAUACACAGUAGAAAAAUGUCUGUUUACAUGUGAAGUGGUUUCUUCCCUCACAGUUUUGUGCCUGCGAAUCGCUAAAAGUACGAACAGUUUACGGCUUUAAACAUUUCUUUCCUUUUCUUAGCUCGUGGCUACAUAAUGUUUAUGGACUCCAGAAGGUUUUAAACAAAAAAUAACACAGUAUUAUAAAUAUUCUGACAUAUAUUCAUUUGGGGUGAAUCAUUUUACCUUUUCAGCCUCGUUCACCCCCAGUUAGUCUGAUUUUUUUUUUUUUUACACCUUUAUGUUUUGUCUCCACUUUUGUUCGUGUUCCUCUGUGGUCCUAAUGAAGUCAAAUUCCUGCUGAAACAGUGAACAUUUAAUCCAGAAUAAGCUACUUCAGUGCCAAACAGACAUCUGCCUCCUGCUACAGUCGGAUUGGGACCAAAGCCACUGACUUUUUUGGGGUUUUUUUUGCUAUUACAAAUCAAGUGGUUGAUCCGGGACAUUUGAUUGUUUUCUGUGCCAGCUGAUGGAAACGGCAUCAGUCUUCAGGUGUUAGUUGGAUUCUGUGGACAAAAACACGAAGCGGGAGUGAGUUUUCCAAAAACCUGAUUGGAUCAGUUUGCGUCGAGCAAAGCAUCAACACUGCCAGACGUUCAGCUGGAGUUCACCUCUUUAAAUAUUCUGACUUGCUUUUUUUUGUUAUAUGUCACGUCCUCUUUUAUAGACGUUUCUGGUUGAAGAAGGAACCAGCGAGAUGAACUAAAUCUGUCUUUAUUUCACACAGCAUAAUUUAGAAAAGUUUUCACAAUAUCAUAAUAGUUUAUGUGUGCACAUCUUUACUACUUAGACAUAAAGCAACUGGAUGGAAACCAGUUAAAUGGCUGUUUACAGGUGAAUUUGUGUGAACAUUCCCAAAACCAGGUCUGUCCUUUUAUUCUGAAGGUCACAUGCAUAUUCCAGAUCCUGUGAUUCAAAUGUUUAUUUCAGUUUGUUAAGAGUUUGUUGAUUUCAUGCCAACAUUGUUUGCAAUAAAAAAAUUCCUCAGGA